AUGGCUUCCCACCUGGGUCGUCGUCAAGCCGGGACGUUUGCGCCACCAGGAAGCAACAAUGGUGGCGGCGGAGAUUCAUGGCCAUGGAAGUGGUUGCUCUUUCUCAUCCUCAUCGUCUUCAUCUUUGCUAUCGUCGUGCUUGUGGUUUGGCGGGUGAGCAGAAGGAGAAGAAGGAAUAGAAAUCGGAUGAGCGUGCUUCGCAAUGUCAAUCUCGUCAUCGCAGAAGACGAAAAGGCAAAGGACAAAGCGCUUAGCAGAGGGAACAGCGUAAUGAGCAGGGUCAGCAGGAUGACGAGUAUUAGGGGUGGUAGCAGUCUGCAACACCAAAGCAGCGUGAACCAUGGCGCCAACGCUAAAUCCUUCGAGUCGAAUGCCGUUUCCGCCAAGGAGAAAGACGCGCCUAGAGAUGAUUUGGACAAACAGGAGUCCAAGGUGCUGGAGCACGCCUACGACAUCGACGAAAUUCUCAUUUCAAGAGGUGUGCUCAGUGCCUCUCAAAGGUCUAAGCACUCGCGGUACUCGCAAAAGUCAACCUCUGGAAGACCUUUGACAACUCCUGCGCGUGCACACAUCGCACGUCACGGAGCCAAUCAUCAACAAGCCCCUUUCCGUCCCGGCUCUGAGCGUAUCGAGCUGACUGAUGAGCCUCAGGAUCUGGAAGCGGGCACCAAUAGUGUCGGCGCUGGAGACGAAGCAGGCAGUAGCUCUCCUAGAGUGCGAAUAGUAUCACCGUCGUUCGCGCGUCCAGGAGGGCAUGCUAUGCGAGGCAGAGGUGGAUCGCGAGACGUCAAAGAGCUGAGCGUGAUAGGCGAAUCUGGCGCAAGCGAAGCGAUGUCCACCUCAGCUUUGGGUCUCUCCCGAUCUGAAACGACAGCAUCAGUUCUUGCCUCGGGCGAAGCGCCGUCGAACGAAUCUUCGACGUCUUCUGGUUCUGUGGCUCACGCAAGCAGGUACGGUCACUCGCAACGCGGUGCCAGUCAAAGCACUACUAGUACAGACAUCUCGCCAAGCGCCGCGUUUGCUGUUGAUCCUUUCAAGAGCCCAGCUGCGAGUAGUUCUGGCCAUGGGAACCAGGCUUCCUGGAGCGCUAUCAGCCAGCACAGCAACAAUGCAUACACGCCCGUCACUUCGCACGGCCACAUUGCACCUGCUGAGUCGUCUGAUCACCUCCACCGGCAAGGCUCCACCAAAUUGCAGCGAGACGGAUCCAACAAGGGUGGUGCUAUCGGCCGUAGGCUGAGUGCUGUCAUCCGUCUGAAGCAGCCAAAGUCUCCCAGAGAUCCGCGUACACCAAAUGUAGAAAUCAUGCAGCGCCAAGAAACACCGUCGCCAGAGUUCGAAAUGAUGAACGGACCCCGGGCCUCAGAAGCGCAAGCAGGGACGUCUGCCGCAGCUUUUGUUACCGACACAAAAGCUGCACAUACCCUUGCUGCGCCCACCACGCGAGACGCUGAGCAGCAACGUCAGGGCAGGACAUCGCUGGCCUUGUCAGACAAGUCAGCAAGCACCGCUGGUCAGAGGUACGCGAUUGGAUCUCCGCAAUCCAUCACUGUUGCAUUGCCAGCUGUGGAGGCGGGCGAGAAAGAGCAGCACAAGGCGACAUCUUCCUCCGAGGUCGGCUCUGGACCUUGGACGUACACGUCCAAGGCUCAACAGUGGCGGGAUCAGAAAGCCGCUGCUGCGGCAGCUGCCCGGCAAGAGCUAGGUCUCUCGACCACGGCUACGGAUGCGAAUAUCAGACGCUCUUCAUCCAUGCGGACACCCGAAUCGUCCACGAAAAAUACCGCCACGGCAGUCGUGCCAUCCAAGACGAGCACUUCUGCAACACAUUUGGCUGUUCCGACAAAGAGUCACAGCAUAGAAGUGGGUAGUUUGCCCUCCUCGCCUCUCAAAAGAACUCCAAGUAUAGGCGUUGCUGGAUCCAAGUUCAAGGAGACUUUCGACGAUGACGAUUGA